AUGGAGACGGAGCUCCCCUCGACGAGCGCCAGCGCUCUGGCGGCUUGUAAUAACGUUGCCAGCAGCAGCGCUGAAGUUCCAGACUUCACAGAACUUACGCCGGAGUUGCUGCAGCGUAAACUAUACUUUCUGGUGGAUCAGCUAAAGCAAAUGCAUGCACAGCUGCCAGAAAAUUACCAAAUACGUAUAUCAUAUGAGCUGCUUACCGAGCUAGCCAACUCAUUGCUGAAUGAUACAAUCUUUGAAAUUGUCAAAGGACUGAUGGAAAUACAAAAUGUGACAGAGAAGCAUUUGCUAACGCUACGCAAACAAGUUGAGACAGAUUUUGAGCUAGAAAUGCAAGAGUGGCGUAGUAAAAUUACCGAUCCGGAGGAAUUAAGUCACAUAGAACAGCUUAUGCAAGUGAAACAUAGCAAAAAAAUGCGUGAGACCGAUAUGAAAUUGGUUGCAUUGCUAGAUCAGAAGGUGCGUGAUCAGCAGAGCACUUUACAUAAAGCUGGCGUGGCUGGCUUUUAUGUCACCGAUAAUGCAAAAGAAAUCAAAAUUCAAAUGUUUCUACUGGAUUUCAUUAUUCGCUUGAGCAGGAUCAAAUUUGAGCCAAAUAAAUAACAGGAGGAGUAAACGUGGCUUUCACGUUACUUCAGCAAAUUAGUGAAUUAAUAUUUAUUUUAUUUCGUAAAGUACUAACAGCUACCUUUUGUUAAUUGCUGCUAUUGUAUAAAAUUAAAAAAAACUGGAAAUUAAUAAGAUAGCUAGCUGAUGAUUUGACUAGUAGUUGCUAGUUCAUGUUAUUUGUCGGGUAUAUAAAUAAACCACUCACACCUUAUACCAAAAAAGUAAAUAGAACAAAGUACAGCUGAUAUCCAAAAAUAUUAACAUUAAAAACAAAACCAAACCAAACAAAAAUUUAUGAAAAGAUAAAGUAAUUUAAUAUGUGCAGUUUAUUGUUCAUUAAUAAAAAUUUCCCCACAAAUGUUUAACCUUUGAAAUAAUAACAAUUAUGUCUGCUAAAAUAGAAUCAGAUUGCACUUUA